CUGUGUUUUCCUGGCGCUGGGCUGUGCGGCACUAAUCACCUCCCAUACCCUGGGAGCAGCGUGGUAGGCACAACAAGCUCCGCGGUCGGUCCGUUCACUCCUGCGCUGCUCCCACUGCAGUUCCUCCGCGGCACUGACGGACCACACCGACCUGCCAAGCCCAGCAAGGACGGAGAAAUGAGCUCGUCCUCGGCCGUUCACAUCGCACUGACGUGAGCGUGUCACGGCUCUGCUUCACACACACACACACAUAGAGAAGACACACACACUGGUGUCCUGUUGACAAAUCACGCAGCUCGGUUGUCGGACAGUCCCACCCGCAGCCCCGGACCAUGGCGGAGAGAAGUGGCCGGUUGAGUUUCCCCGGGAGCGGGGCUCUCAACAGACCGGUGCCCAUGAACCUGUUUGCAACAUGGGAGAUAGAUGGAUCCUCCCCGAACUGCAUCCCGAGACUGUGCAGCCUGACUCUGAAGAAGCUGGUCGUGAUGAGAGAACUCGAUAAAGAGCUGAUCUCCGUGGUCAUCGCCGUUAAAAUCCAGGGCUCCAAACGGAUUUUAAGGUCCCAUGAGAUAGUGCUGCCACCCAGUGGGUCUGUGGAGACCGACCUGGCGCUCACCUUCUCACUGCAGUACCCUCACUUCUUGAAACGAGAAGGAAACAAGCUGCAGAUCAUGCUGCAGAGGCGGAAGAGAUACAAGAACCGAACUAUCCUGGGCUACAAGACCCUCGCGGUGGGAUCCAUCGACAUGGCCGAGGUGAUGCAGCACCCGACGGAGGGAGGCCAGGUCCUGCCUCUCUGCAGCAACCAGAAAGACAUGCUGGGGAAGGUGGCAGAGAUCUGGAUCUUUUCCCUUUCCAGUCAGCCGAUAGACCACGAGGAGGCCGCCCUGCAGGGAGGACAGAAGAUCAAAUGCUCCGAUAACUACUCCGAGGAAGAGUAUGAGAGUUUCUCCUCGGAGCAGGAGGCCAGCGACGACGCCGUGCAGGGACAGGAUCUCGAGGAUGACGAGUACGACGUGAGAAAGCCAAAGAAGCAGAGGAGGUCGAUUGUGAGGACGCCGUCCAUCACCAGACAGCAGAACUUUAAGCAGCGCGUGGUGGCUCUCCUGAAGCGCUUCCGAGUUUCAGACGAGGUGCUGGAUUCAGAGCAAGACCCUGCAGAGCCGCCCCCUGAGGUGGAGGAGGAGGACCUGGACCUGGACAGUGUCGAGUUCGAGAACCCGAGCGACAGCGGGCCGGAGCUGGACGACGAUGACAGCGUCCUCAGCACGCCAAAACCUAAACUCAAGCCAUAUUUCGAGGGUCUCUCCCUCUCCAGCUCUCAGACUGAGAUCGGCAGCAUCCACAGCAGCCGGAGCCACAGGGAGCCGCCCAGCCCGAUUGACCCGGAUAAAACCAAGUGCGGCGGGGCCAAAUUUCCAGAUGACAGUGUGUCCGAUAACGUCUGCUUUGAGCAGCCGGAGGCGGUGACUCCGACCACAGAGCUGGAGAUGGACAACAUGGACACAUUUUUAGAGAGGCUGCCACCGAGUGGCAAGAUGACAAAGACGGAGUCCCUAAUCAUUUCAUCCAACAGGCAGGAACCGAAGCUGGCAGGGAGGCGAGGAAGGAGCACGUCGCUGAAGGAGCGCCAGCCCAGCAGGCCGCAGAAUGAGAGGGCGAACAGCCUGGACAACGAGCGCUCCCUGGACACACGCUGCCACCUUCAGAUCCCAAGAAAGACGGUGUAUGACCAGUUAAACCACAUCCUGGUGUCUGAUAACCACCUCCCUGACAGCAUCAUCCUCAUCAACACGUCAGACUGGCAGGGCCAGUAUCUUUCAGAUAUGCUGCAAAACCACCAUCUACCAGUGGUCUGCACCUGCACCACGGCCGACAUCCAAGCUGCGUUCAACACCAUCGUCUCCCGCAUACAGAGAUUUUGCAACUGUAACUCCCAGACGCCCAUUCCCAUAAAGAUCGCAGUGGCCGGCGCGCAGCACUACCUCAGCGCUGUGCUGAGGCUUUUUGUUGACCACCUCUCCCAUAAAACCCCAGACUGGCUCGGCUACAUGAGGUUCCUCAUCAUCCCUCUAGGUGCACAUCCAGUCUCCAAAUAUCUCGGCACUAUUGACUAUCGAUACAACAGUUUGUUCCAAGAUGCUGCGUGGAGGGACCUGUUUCACAAGCCGGAGGCUCCUGUUGUUGCCCAGGAAAACCCAGACGUGGUCUCGAGGGUAACUCAGUACAUGGUGGGCGCUAACGGAGCUCACCAGCUUCCCAUCGCAGAGGCCAUGCUCACCUACAAACAGAAGAGGAAAAAGAGCUUUCAUUUUGAUUUUGCAGUAAGUCUCUCUGUUUCUUCCCUGGGGGGGCGAUGGCAGGUUUCCUCAAGCCCCGACGAGGACUCGUGUCAGAAGUUCAUCCCUUUCAUCGGAAUGGUGAAAGUCGGCAUCGUGGAGCAAACAUCUGCAACAUCAGGAGACUCUGAUGAUGCAGCUCCUCUGGGCUCCUCGUUGCUCUCCUCCACCCCUCCACAAGUUUCCCCCGCACUCAAAGAGGCGUCGCCGACACCGCCCUCCUCUCCCUCCGUCCACACCAGCUUCUGCGCUUACAGUUCUGUAGGUCAGACGGAGCUGAUGGGGCUUCAGGUGGACUACUGGGUGGCUCCAACAGAAAGGAAGAAGGACAUGGAGAAGCGGGACUCCUCCUCCAAAAACACUCUCAAGUGCAAUUUCCGCUCGCUGCAGGUCAGCCGGCUGCCGCUCGGGGGUGCAGAGCCGAGCCCCCAGCCCACCAUGUCCAUGACUGUGGUGACGAAGGAGAAGAAUAAGAAGGUCAUGUUCCUGCCAAAAAAGAGCAAAGACAAGGAGGUGGAGUCGAAGAGUCAAGUCAUCGAGGGCAUCAGCCGGCUCAUCUGCACUGCCAAGCAACAGCAGACCAUGCUGAGAGUACUGAUCGACGGCGUCGAGUGGAACGAUGUGAAGUUUUUCCAGCUGGCGGCGCAGUGGUCGUCGCACGUCAAACACUUUCCCAUCGGGAUCUUUGGACACACGAAAGGCCCUUACUAAGAGACUGAAACACUGAGGACAGCUCCCACAUCUCGUCCCUUUCCCGCCCUCGUGCCAACAGCUUUUAAUGCCCCUGACUCUCCCACCGCACACUUCUUCUUAUUCUGCCGUCUUAAUUUAAGCUCCUGCUUUCACCUGUCUCGUUUGUCCGAUUAUUUAAUCUGUUGUGAGUUUUUUUUUAUUUUCUAUUUAUGUCAAAAUGUCUCAAGGCAACGCUGCCAAGGGAAUAUUUCUUUACUCGGCUUUUUAAAAAGAAAAAAAAAUCCUGCUGAUGUUUUAUAGACUUUUGAGAAGAAAAAAAACCCUAAUUAAAUAAUAAUUAGAAAUGACUUCUAACCUUUAACAUAAUGUACGAGUGCCCAGGUUUCACCCUCUGCCAUCAUUUCUUUUUUUAAUUUUAAUUUGGUGAGGCCCAGCACAUUUAAUCAAAAAUAUAUUUGAAAAGAACAAGAGCAGCUGCCUUGAUAUGAAGCGGAAGAGGUGACGGACGUCUUUAAUUCCCCAACAAUGACGAACAAAUUUUGGAUUCUCAGCCGGUCGACUCGUCGUCUUCACCCUGGAGAAGAAGAAGAAGAUGUUCGUCUCUCUCUCUGCACUCGAUGAAGAAAUCUAAAUGUGCAAUAGACUGAAUACUGUGUGAAGUGAUUCUGGAUAAUAACCCGGCACUGUUAGGAGAUUUAGUCGUGAUUAAGCCCUUCUCUUCUUCACUUUCUCCUCCUGGUGAAUGGGCUCGAGGUUCGAAGAGUUUGAGACACGUAAUUAGAUAAAUGAAGAUGUUUUUGCUUUCAUGGCACAAAAUGAACUCCUUCAUAGGUUUAUUUGCCUCCUUGCAGAGCGUUAGGCGAGAUUAAGAUUGAUGGCGCCUAAAUGUCUGUACCAGCAGGUUAGCUUAGCUUAGCAUAAAGAAUGGAAACAGGGGGAAACAGCUAGCGUGGCUCUGUCCAAAGGUAACAAAAACCACCAACCAGCACCUCCAAAGCUCAAGAAUAUCACGUCCAAAGUCUUCUAAAUGUUUAGGAACGCUUUGCUUUUAUAGGGGAAAUUUACAGGAUGUUUCCUGUAAACUGACUGAGCUUAUCGUGUUUUUUUUACACUUCACGUACGGGUUACACAAAAGGGAAAUACAGCAAAGUGUUUUCACCUUCAGAGCCACGCCAGCUGCUUUCCAAUCUUUAUACUUAUGCUGAGCUAAGCCGAACCCGGCUACGCACACAAACAGCGAGUCUGGCUCUGAUCAAAAGUAACAAAAUCUGCCUACCAGCAUCACAACUGUGAUUAACACAGUAUAUAAAUAAAUAUAUAUAUUUCCUUUUUGUUUUAAUCUGUGGAAAAACUGAGCCAGGCUAACUGUGCCUCUUGUUUUCCAGUCUAAGCUCAUCUAACUCUCUGCAAGAGAGCAGAAUUUCAAAAUAAAACUCAUUUCACAGUUUCAGACGUAACUCUUCGUCCUCGAGCUCCACACUCCUCCGACACACUCCACAUCUUUUCCGCUAAAAGUUACUUUUUUUGCCAAAGGAAUACUCGUCAGCUGCAGCUCACUCGUUAUCUGCGUGGUAUUAUAGAAGACUUCAUAAUGUAGAGGUGAAUGUAUUGAAGGUACCUUAAUGUAAAGCACUUUUAAAUGUUUGUCCAUUAUAGAGUAGUGUGUUAUAAAAAAACCCAGUCUGGGAACCUGCAGGUAUGACUAACCGUGGUUUCACAGAGGCACUUGGACGGACGCCGUGUCCGUCUUUAUAUCCGAGCUGAACAAACAGCACAAAGCAGCAGCGGUGAUCAUGGCAUAGUUUAUAUGCAAAGCAAAGCAAGCACCUGUAUCCUCUGUGUGUGUGUGUGUGUGCUGUGUAAUAUCACUUUACGCUCGGCGUGAGGCCUCGAGGACUCCUUAGACUUCUGUAAGGUUAGCCUAGAACGUGUACGUGGUGUUAGUAGAUUUUUUUUGCUCAAUCUUUUGUUGACUGUUCAGCAUAAAAAACUACUAAAAAAUAAAAGUAUUUUGCUUAUAAAAUUUCUUUCAGUAGCAGUUCCAUCAUAACCUUUUGCCAAUGUCUUGAUAAGUGCCUAAAUUGCUUAAUUUUGACAAAUCAACAGAAGUAACUCGUCCCCCCGGUUAACAUGGUGCUGAUUCUGGUCCGACCACAACAGAAUAUCUCAAUACAGUGCAUUGAUUUUUGCAGUAUAAACACAUGCAGAUGAAGCUUGUUCAUCGGAGGGAGGGGGGGAAAUCUCACUCUUGGGUUUGAAUUGAUUAAAAAGAAACGCAACAGCCCGUUCGUGUUGAGCAUAUAUUUGUUUCUCUGUGUAGAAGAUGUUUUAGAUGUUUUGGUUUUUCAUGUCGUCUCAGAGAAAGGCUUGUUGAAACUGAACGUUCCUUAAAGACUACCACUGUAAUCCCAAAAGUUGGAGUAAUAAAACUACUAUACACACUAAAA